UGAAGGCGCUGCUGCGCUAAAAGCCGCAGAGAAGAGCUUUACGGCUACAACUCCUCACAGAGGGAGACACACAGCUGCUUCUCACCGCUGCAGCGGGACAAAGGCUUCAUAUACAGCCGCACGCGCUCUCGCGUCUCUACGACCCGCAGGAAGAGAGAUAAAGAGAGAAACCCAGGGAGAAAGCGAGCGAGCGCGAGAGCGACAGGGGGACCAUGUGAAGGCGUCUGGCGGAGCCUCAUCCGUGUGCGUGUGGGAAGAAGAGAAAGUUUGGGCUCCAGAGCGGGAUGUCUAUGGCCGAGAAGCCUGAAGGCCCCGUGUACGUGUACGAGUCGACGGUGCACUGUGCCAACAUCCUCCUGUGCCUGAAUGAGCAGCGGAAGCAGGACGUCCUGUGCGAUGUGAGCGUGCGGGUGGAGGGCAGGGAGGUCCGUGCCCACAGGGCCGUCCUGGCCGCCUGCAGCCGCUACUUCUCCCUACUGCUCCGAGGCCCAAGAGAGCACGAGCCGGUCAUCUGCCUGCCGUCUAAGAUCACAAUGAGAGGGUUUGCGCCGCUCUUGCAGUUUGCCUACACCGCCAAGCUGCUGCUCAGCCAGGAGAACAUCCACGAUGUGAUGUGCUGCGCUGAGUUCCUGGGCAUCCACAACCUGGAAGACUCCUGCUUGCUGUUCCUGAAGGCGCAGAUGAGCAGCAAGGGUGAGGAACAACCCAAAUCACCACAAACACCAGCUUACGAGGAGGAGAGGGGGCAGAGCAGAUUUCUGAAUGUCCCUGUGUCCCACACAAAGCAUAGUCCCACAUCCCUCAGCAGUUCUGUCGACCCAGAGAGAUUACUAUCCACCAACAGCCUGCAUCGGUCAGAUGUGCAUGAAACCAACGAUUUCCCCUGUUAUCCCAAAUACAGGAAGCACCAGCAGGCCUAUGCUAAGCACAAUGCCACGCGCACUUCAUCACACAGCAGUACCUCAAGCCUAGCCGGCUCGCUCCAAGACACCAUCACCAGCAGUGAUGCCCAGGGCCUGGAUAUGUCCCGAGUGAAGGCAGAACCAAGCACAGGAGAAGAAAGACUGGCGUUCGACUUCUCUGAAGCAGAGCAGUGUAAUGCAGACAGGAUGGAGAUGGACACCGAGAUCGACUUUAGUGACCAACUCCUCAGUUCUACGCCAGCCGAAGUGCCAGGCAGUCGGACGUCACCCCUGUGCCUGCGUUCCCUGGUCAAACACAGCCUUAUCCCUCCGCUCUGCAGUUUUUCGGCAGACUCUUCCUCGCUCAGAAGCAACCAGCAGUUUUCCAGUGCACUUUUUCCUGCUCAGAACCACCAUCUAGCUCAGGGUGACUUUAAAAAGGACUAUCAGGCCUUUAUUGGAGGGCUCGCGGUGAACUCUUCAAAGCAGUCCUGUGGAUUCCCAGCUUUGAAGUCUCUCUCCUGUGAAAGAAUCUAUAAGCAGGACCUUGAGCACGAGAUGGAUCGCAGGAGCGUCAUUUUCUCACAGCCGGCACAUUCCAACCCAGACGAGUCAUCUCUGGAGCCAGAUGCACCAAAAGGCCUGUGGACAGGCUCUAGUCGUUCCUUGCCCUGCUCUCAGACGCUCUCUCCUACUUCCGGACCUUCAGAACCCUCGUUGCCGGCCCGCCGAAGGCCAAAGAGGAGCUGCCCGGUGCCCAUUAGAGUGUGUCCCCGCUCCACCCGUACCGAGACUUUCCCCAGGACAUCUAGCUCGUGCUCUUCCUACUCAUAUGCGGAGGAUGGCAGCGUGAGUUCCCCGUCCAGCCUGCCACAGUUCGAGCUGUCCUCAUCCUCACCCUGCUCCGGCCUGGCUCUAGACGGGAGACCCAAGGUGAAGUGUGAGAAAUUGUAUGACUCAAACUCAAGCGACGAGUCUGGCUCUUUCUCAGAGGGAGACAGCGAAUCGUGCCACACCAAAGAGCCACAUAGACUUGAGGUGAGGCUGCCUUUUCCAGUCGAUCAGAUCACAGAUCUUCCACGGAACGACUUCCAGCUGCUGAUCAAGAUGCACAAGCUGACGUCAGAACAGCUGGAGUUCGUUCAUGACCUGAGACGAAAGAGUAAGAACCGGAUCGCCGCCCAGCGCUGCCGCAAGAGGAAACUGGACUGCAUCAAAAACCUGGAGUGUGAGAUCCACAAACUGCAGGUGUGUGAGAAGCAGAAGCUGCUGACUGAGAGGAACCAGCUGAAGGCGUGUAUGGGGGAACUGUGGGAGAACUUCUCCUUCUUGUCUCAGGAGGUGUCCAGAGAGGAGAAAUUGAGUCCAGAGCAGAACUGGCUUUUAUUUGACCAACAUCCAAGCCGGGCCUCAUCUAGCCCAAUCCACAUAGACCUCACGGUGUCGUCCAGCCCCAGCAGCGUAGACCUUACCCUGCCAUCCCACCGCAGCCUGCCCCCUUCACCGAGCCCCGCCAAGAGCCAGCAUCCGCACGAAAUCUCACCCACGAGGCCACAGCUGGACACCUCUGCCUCCAUAAAGACCCCCCUCCAGAUCAGCAGCCCCACAGUGACUGUAGCUUUGUGCCAGGAAAUGACUGACAAGUGCACAACAGACGCAUAACCGCAGGAAAGUCUGAGAGAAAGGUUUCGUUCUAAAGAAAUGUGUUUUAGCUCUUGUUUGGGUGUUUUUACAGCAUUAGGGAGUGCACUGUUCUGUAAGUUGUCCACUGUGUUGUGGUGAUGUGGUUCCUAAGGUAUCUUAUUAAGACAAGAUAUCUAAAAAAUAUAUUUUUUCCACUUUAUUUUUCCGUUUCAGCACAGUUUUCUUCUGUCUUCAGCUCUCAGAUUAAUCUCAGGAAUCUCUAUGAAUGUUUUCUGAUCUUUUAAGGAAGGAGGCCUUUUUUUUUUUUUGGUUCAAACAGACUUCAAACGCAAGCACGUCGUGAUAUUUUUGGGGGAGUUUUCUGUACUUUUGCUGCACCGACUCAUUUGUUUUCCUUCCUUGCUUGCGGUAGGAGGAAGAGACGAAGGCAAAAGGAAUGAGAGAGAGCGAGAAGAAAGGAGAGAAUAAUGAGGAAAGAGGUCUGCAUAGUCAAACAGAUGAUCCGGUUCGGUCGCAGCGCAGGAAACCCUCGAAACGAUCAGCAUCAGGUCGACAGAGGCAGAGCAGAAGCUCUUUCGCUUUUGAUAAUUUCUAAUAUCUUUUCUCACUUACUGCAUUACCGGUCGGUCCGAUUGGCACCCUUGCGUGUUUUUUUUAGUCCGGAUUUUUUCUCCUGACCCAGGUUUUGCCACGUUACGCCAGUUUAUUUUCAUUUGUUUGACUUUUUUCCCUUUUUAAUCGUGCAGACCUCGUCCACACUCGAAGAUGCAGUAGGUCUUGGUUAUUGAGUGCUGCUACAGAAUAGAAAGCAAUUUCUCUGACAUCCACAAAUGAGCUGCUUCAGGGACACAGACAGCAAAGACCUCUCCAUUGAAAACCGUGCUGAUACUGUAGAUUUUGGCAGCUCUCACCUACACAAGGAACUCCACGGUUCUGUAUGCUCUCAGGGGUUGAUUCAAAAUCUACCUGCGGAGAGGGAAAUCUUGCCGUCGUGAAAUUGGCCACGGUUGCUUAUUUAACACUUCGCCUCCGGUCUGCCGUGACAUUUAUAAGCAUUAAUCUGGUGAAAUGUUGCUGCUCCGUCAUACGGAGCCCCGCUGGUGACCUCCUGUAUAAAUAAAAAUAAUGCAUUGCCA